GCGCUGGGGAGCCGCGCGCAUGCGCUGUGCGACGGCGGGGCCUAUAAUGGCGGCAGCCGAGACUGAGGCGGUUCGCUUACGCUGUGGCAUGGCCGGGGUUGUGGGCCCUCCUGGGGGCGAGGAAGGCGCCGGCGCGAUGGAUGAAGCGGGGGCUGGGGGCCCUGCUGGGGGCGAGGCGGCCACCGGGGCCGCCGCGAUGGGCCAGGCGGGGGGCGGAGGCCCUGCUGGGGUCGACGCGGCCGCCGGGGCCGCCGUGAUGGACGAGGCGCCGGCGCUGCCCGGGCUGCGGUUGGUCCGUCAGGGCGCCGAGGCCCGCGUGUACCGGGGGCUGUUCCUGGGGCGGGCGGCCGUGGCCAAGGUGCGCAUCCCGAAGCGGUACCGGCACCCGGCGCUGGAGGAGCGGCUGAGCCGGCGGCGCACGGCGCAGGAGGCGCGGUCGCUGCUGCGGUGCCGGCGGGCAGGGAUUUCAGCUCCAGUGGUCUACUUUGUGGAUUACAUGACCAACUCUAUAUAUCUUGAAGAUAUUGUGGACUCUGUUACUGUUCAAGAUCAUAUUAAUUCUGUACAACAAAGUGGAAAUGACAACAGUGGUCUCCUUGUCUUGGGAGAGAAGAUGGGUGAGCUGUUAGCAAGAAUGCAUGACGAAGAUCUUAUACAUGGGGAUCUCACAACUUCCAAUAUGCUUCUACGGCCACCCAUGGAGAAGCUGGACUUGGUUCUAAUAGACUUCGGACUCAGUUUUAUUUCAAGUCUUGCAGAGGAUAAGGGAGUUGAUUUGUAUGUUCUGGAAAAAGCCUUCCUUAGCACUCAUCCAGAUAAUGAAACUAUGUUUAAGGUUCUGCUAAAGAGCUAUGUAGCUAAAUCAAAAAAAUCUGGUCCUGUAAUAAAAAAGCUGGAUGAAGUACGACUAAGGGGAAGGAAGAGAUCCAUGAUUGGAUAAAAGGCCUAAGGAUGGAGGAAUAUUGCUACUUAGGUUUUGCAAAUAUGGUUAUUUGCGCGUCCAGUUAGUUUUAUUUAACAGAUGGCUAUUUUGAUAUAUUGUGUCCUCAAACAAAUAAAUUUGAAUGAGUUUGUGUAAUAAAGUGACCAAAGUAAUUGAGAGAUGUGAGCACAGUUGAGAGAAACAUCUAAAUUCUUGCCUAAAUGUGCAAUAUUUCUUCAAAAACCAGUUUACAGCGUCAUUCCACCUGCUCAAUUCUUCAUGUACUUCUUUUAGAGGUUUACUGAGUAAUCUUUCUCAGCCCAAAGACCAUGGAUUUGUGGGAGGUGAGGUGGUCUAGGGAAAACCAUAGCAUC